AUCAUCAAAAAAGUCACACACACACAUGAGUCGGAGACGGAGAGGGUUUUUACAUUGAUUCUAGGGUUUUACGAUUACUAUCUUCAUACUCAUUUCAGAUCUCCUCUCCUCUUCUCUCGGAUUCGUAAACCACUACUCUACAAGGGUCUUUUCAAAAAUGUUGCCCAGAUUAGCUCGACUCGUUACUCAGUCCUCAAAGCUUCGAUCUUUCACCACUAACGGAUCCAUGUUAAAUCUCUCCCGCUACGGGUACGCCACUGUUGCUCCCGAGACUGUUGAUGCUCCGCCCCAGAAAUAUUUCCCCAGCAAAUCUCCGAUAAACUUGGAUAAGAUGUUUUGGUCAAAGCCAUGUUCUUUGGCUCUACCCAAAGACUCUCCUCUCAGGAUUGAUGAACCAGACUAUGUAGGGAUCCGUCGUUUCAUACUUAAGAUGAUGAUGUUCUAUAGCAAACAGAGCAUGUCUAUCCGUGGGGCAAACGUGAUUUACAAGCGGAUCAUUGCACAAGUUGACAAACCAGCUAUCUAUGAUGCAUUCAACUUGGAGAAAACAUUUAAAAUAACAUUUUCGCUGCUUGUCCUUCAUAUGUGGCUUGUUUUACGCCGCUUGAAGGAAGAUGGACAGGAAGGUGUUGACCUUGGUCAAUAUGUCUAUGAGAUCUACAAUCAUGAUGUGGAACUCAGGGUAUCUAAAGCCGGGGUUAACUUGCUGUUGGCCAAGUGGAUGAAGGAAUUGGAGCGGAUAUUUUAUGGAAAUGUUGUUGCCUAUGACGCUGCGCUACUUCCAGAAGCUAAACCAAAUGAACUACAAAUCAAAUUAUGGAGGAACGUAUUUUCUGAUGAUGGAACAACAACACCUGAUAACACGGAUUUAAAAGCAGCACAGGCAAUGGCAAGAUAUGUCCGGAGAGAACUUGGUUCUCUAUCUUUAACAGAUAAAGAAUCCAUAUUCUCUGGCAAUUUCGCUUUCACUCCUUUGGAGAGCAAACCCCUGUGACUUGAAUGAAAUAGAGGAAGCUGUGGCGCUUGGCGAAUCAAUCUUUCAUUUGUUGCUCUUUUUUCAGCGUUUAUAUCCAGCCAAAGAAACAUACACAGAGAGGAAGAUAUGCUGGUUGUUAGCAUCUAGAUGAUCAUGAAAACAUUAUGAAAGUUAAUAAGAUAACUGGAAUAGAGCAUUUGAUGCCAUUGGUACUUUAAUUCACUAAUGCUCAAAGUAAUUGCACUUCCCUGCGUUUCAACAUGUAUUAUUUUUACAGGUUAUUCUAGUUUUCCAUCUUUUCGUUGGGUCUUUGAGGUAAGACAAAUAUAAGGUGGUUAGCGCAAGAAA